AUGCUUGAUUGUGGAAGCAAACUGACAUUGCUUAAAUCAUCAAUCGCCCUCCAACUCAAACAAGAUCUGCAAUUAGACGACACCAUGCAGCUAAACCAAGCACUGACAUCAUCAAACACAGCUUCUACAAAGAUGACGAUCGCGAUUGGACCCUACAGCCAGCAAAAGCAGCCAUUUCAACUAAAUGACAUCGACGUCAUAAUGGAUUGGAACCUUUCCCAAUUCAACCCUGAACUCGUCAACUCCAUCUGCCAAAGGAACGAGCCACUUCAACACAUUCGGAUAGCCACACUGCCCUCGAAACAAAUCGGAAUCAUCAUUGGAUGCGAUUUCGCCGAACUCAUGACACCUUCAGAAGUAAUCCAUUCAAAACAAAAUGUGCCUAUUGGAUGGAAAACGCCACUUGGAUGGUCUCUCUGUGGACGAGACAAUGCAGCGACACCCAACGACAUCAACACAAUCAACUUCACGACAGUCGAUACACUGUUUCGCCACGUAGCUGAAUGGAUGAAAGUGGACGCCGAAGGGAUUUCAACUGACCAACGCAGCCUCUCAACAGACGACAAGGAAGCUCUCCGCAUCUUGGAAUCUUCACCAACCCGCUUGCCAAAUGGACACUACGAAGUUGCAAUGCUUUGGAAACGUGGACAACAACUGCCAAACAAUAGAUGGCUUGCCAAGAAGCAGCUCGACAGCCUUCUCCAACGACUGAAGAGAAACACCGAGAUGGCACAGAAAUAUCAGGAGACCAUCGACACCGACUUGCAGAAAGUUUUCAUAGUCAAAGUUGAUGAUUCCCAUGAAGACUCAACAGGAAAGUGGUACCAUCCUCAACAUCCAGUGACAAACAUCAAUAAACCUGGCAAGGUACGCCGAGUCCUUAAUGCAUCGAGCACCUGCAAAGGAGUAUCACUCAACAGCAACCUACUAACUGGACCAGACCUCCUCACAAACCUUACUGGAAUCGUUAUGCGAUUUCGCGAGGACCAAAUUGCUAUUUCUGCCGACAUUGAAGCAAUGUUCAUGCAGGUCUUCGUGAGCACAGAGGACCAGCCGUAUUUGCGAUUUCUGUGGAAGGACAACACGGGCCAACCCGCAACCUUCCAAUACACCCGCCACAUCUUCGGAGCUACCGACUCACCAUGUGUUGCCUGCUAUGCCACUCGACAAUGUGCGAAGGACAAUGCCGACAAAUAUCCAGCCUUGGAGCAAAUCACAAAACGCAACAUAUACAUGGACGACCUAUACAAAGCCGUUUCAACACCGACGGAAGCGACACAGUUAUUGAACGACCUUCAAAAGAUGUUCAGCCUUGGAGGUUUCAACCUCACAAAAUGGACCUCAAACUCUCAACAAUUCCUCACAACAGUCAACGAGAAUCACUCUGAAAACAGCGACAGCCUCACCAAAAAGGAACGACCCCGAAAGAGUUCUUGGAGUGAAAUAGAAACCAGACACGGACGUCUUUCUUGUGGAAGCAAAGAAGUUUCACGCCAUUGA